GCUAUGCGUAUCUAACUUAUGGCUAAAGCUAAACACGCCUGAAAGCCAAAGGCACCCAGCACCUGUGCUAUUUCCCUCCAGUUUGUACCACCAGGGCGUUUUCAUCUCGGUAGCAUCAUGCUGGCAUCUGCACGUCCAGAGCAGAGCGUAAACCACGCUUUGUUGGGUUCUGUGCACACUCUAAAACAUGAUGUCAAUGACGUUUUGAGGAGCGGACAGUACUAUGUCACCGACGAGCUCGCGCGGAAAGCAUAUGAUAUAGACAACAGUCUCAACCACCUGAAGUUCGACCAAAAUUUAUUAGCUACAUCCAAAGAAUGGAAACAAGGGUUUGAUCAGGACAAGCUUAUGCAGGAGCACAUGGGGGCAACCCAUGCUGGCCAGCAUGUUCAACAAGCUUUCUUUGACCUCAAGAACUCCAUGAGUGGAAAGGCUUUGGAUGGGAAGCAGGAAAAUGAGAUCCGCGAAGCACAUCACUGGGCAGAUAAAACUUUAGAAGCAAGUCAGGAAGUGAGUGUUGGAGUAGUUUUGCCAUUUGCUUUAUAA